CCCACUUGGAUUAUGGCGUCUUCUUCAGUUCCAGCAACGAAAGUGGAAAGCGAAAGCACAACAACAAAGCCAAAUUGGCUUGAACUUCCGAGAGAUGUGACACUUAACAUCCUACAGAGGCUCGGCACCAUUGAAAUCAUCUCAAGCGCAUGUCAAGUGUGUCCUCUAUGGUGGAAUAUCUGCAAGGAUCCUUGCAUGUGGCGCACCAUUCAUAUGUCCAAGUUCCGCUAUCCACGCCACAAGUACAGCGAUGUUGAUUUGGUGAAGAUGUGUCGUUAUGCAGUUCAGAAAAGUUGUGGCCAGCUAGAAGACAUUUACAUUGGUUUUUUUGGAAACGAUAAGCUCCUAGAAUACAUAGGCCAUAGUGCAAAUCACCUAAGGCGCAUUCGGCUUAUAAUCUGUGAAUAUCUUUCUGAUAAAGGAUUCAUUGAAGCAGUGAAGAAACUUCCAUUAAUAGUGGAAUUAGACAUUUCACAUAACAUUCACAUAUCAAAGGAUUCUCUUGAAGUUGUUGGUUGCUGUUGCCCUCUUUUGAAAUCACUGACAUACGGAGGUAAUAUGUUCUAUAACAAGAAUGUUGAGGCGUUUGCUAUUGCCAAAACAAUGCCUGGAUUAUGCAGUCUUACAAUAUCAGGAGUUGCCCUCGAUUCUAUUGGGGUUGUUGCUAUUCUUAAUGGAUGUCCUCUUCUUGAGUCUCUUGACAUGCUAGAAUGUGUUUUGGAGGGAGAUUUGGAUGAAAGUUUGAAGAAAAGGUGUUGUGAGCAGAUCAAAAAUUGUAUAUUUCCAAGACAAUUGCAAACUGGUUUUGACUAUUAUUUUGAUUGGACUGGAAAUUUAUUAUGAUGAAGAGGACUAUUGUGGUUAUUUUACUGAUUUUUAAAGUGGAGGUUUUAUUAAUAGGGUUGAUUCUUGAAAAUACACAGUUUUUUUUAAAGUAAUUUUGUUUAGUAGUGUACUAGGCCUUCAAUCUUGUAUCACAUUCUUCAUUAAUCAAAUGUUUUUGUUGCUGAGUUAUUUUGUUUAUGGUUUAUG